AUGUUCCUCACUACCAGCUCCCCAUUCCCCGUAAAUAAUACAUUCCCUAGUACCAGUUACCAAGUCCCCGAGAGUAAUGCAUUCGCCACUACCAGCUCCCUAGUCCCCGAAAGUAAUGCAUUCCCCACCAUCAGCUCCACAGUCCCCGAAAAAAAUGUAUUCUUUAUUACCAGCUCCCCAGUCCCCGAAAAUAAAAUAUUUCUGAGUACCACCUCCCCAGUCCCCGAAAGUAAUGUAUUCCCUAGUACCAGCUUCCUAGUUCCCGAAGGUAAUGUAUUUCUCACUACCAGCUCCCCAUUCCCCGUAAAUAAUACAUUCCCUAGUACCAGUUACCAAGUCCCCGAGAGUAAUGCAUUCGCCACUACCAGCUCCCUAGUCCCCGAAAGUAAUGCAUUCCCCACCAUCAGCUCCAAAGUCCCCGAAAAAAAUGUAUUCUUUAUUACCAGCUCCCCAGUCCCCAAAAAUAAAAUAUUUCUGAGUACCAGCUCCCCGGGCCACGAAAGUAGUACAUUUCCCACUACCAGCUCCCCAGUCCCCGAAAGUAAUGCAUUCCAACUACAAGCUCCACAGUCCCCGAAAGUAGUGCAUUCCUCACUACCAGCUCCCCAGUCCCCGAAAGUGAUGUCUUUCAUAGUACCAACUCCCCAGUCCCCGAUAGUAAUAGAUUCCCCACUACUAGCUCCCCAGUCCCCGAAAGUAAUGUUUUCCCCACUACUAGCUUCCCAGUCCCCGAAAGUAAUACAUUGCUCAAUACCAGCUCCCCAGUCCCCGAUAGUAAUGCAUUCCGCACUUCAAGCUCCCCAGUCCGCGAAAGUAAUGCAUUCCCCACUACCAGCUUCCCAGUCCCGGAAAGUAUUGCAUUCCCCACUACCAGCCCCAAGUUCCCGAAAGUAA